CCUAAAACCCUAAAUAUUUCUGGUGGUCUCUCCCUCUUCCCGCCAUCGCUGCUGCUGCUGCUGCGCUCCCUCUCUCUCUCUCUCUCUCUCUCUCUCUCCUGGCGUUGCCACCGCAGCCUUCUUCCUCUUGCUGGAGUCAUCGCCGCCGCCGGCUCCUCUUUCUCGUUCGCUUGGGUGCCGCCGCCGCUCACCUGUAAAAAAGCUCGAGCCGAGCCUGAGUAGACGUCAGCUCGGUUAAGCUCAGCUCUUUUACAAUCCUAACUCAGAGGGAAGACUACUAACUAUUAGGCGAGAGUUUCAAGCCAGGAGAGCUUCACUCUGUUAGCAUGGAAGGCUUGACUGUGGCUGACGCCAAUCUCACUGUGUACGUUCACCCUUCCAACGCCAAUAAGGUCAAGGAUGCCCUUCUCCGUCAGCUUAGCUCCCUGCUCUUCAAAUAUGAUGAAAACUUUGACGGUGUGAUAUUGGCCUAUGAAAUCAAAUUUGAAAGUAAAGAUGCGAAAAUUCUUCCGGGGCUGCAUCCACUUUUUGGUGUGAAACUGAAAGCCAAUUUAUUACUCUUUCAACCGAAAGUGAAUGAGUUAUUGGAGGGAAAGGUAGUUAAGCUGGGGAAAGAAUGCAUUCAUGUAAUCAUACUUGGUUUUUCUUCAGCCACAAUCAUGUCGGAAGACAUUCGUGAAGAAUUUAAGUUUAGAAUCAAACAUGGUGUUGAGGUUUUUGCAAGUUCAGCACAUAAACGACAUGUAAUCAAAACUGGAAGCUUCAUACGUUUUUUGGUUAAGAGUUUGGAUGUAGAUAUACUCCAUGUUAAUGGAUCUUUAAUACCUUCAAAUACUGGCUGCAUUCACUGGCUAUCCAGAUAUGGCACAGAAGACAUUUCUGAAACUGACAGAAGUUGCAGAAGUCUCAAGAGACCCAAGCCAAUUGAGGAGCAAGAUUCUCAGGCUAUGGUUGACCUAUCAUUAAAUUCCAACCACCAUCAUAAGUCUCACAAGAGAACUGUCACAAAUGGAAUGAAAUCUUGAUGGACUUCUGGUUGCCCCAUAAUUUGCUGGGCAAACGAGGUCUCAACAUCACUAAAGAGAAGUGACAGAGGAGUGCAUUACGAGGGAGGAGGAAGUUUGUAUGUGUCCAGGGUCUCUCAUUUUUGGUGUUCUUAUGGUGUGCUUUUUUUUGGAUCAAAAAACAAUUAUAUUGCCAGUGUACUAUUUUUUAUUUUUGCCAUUUUUUCUCUGUUAGCUGUAUUGCUGGGUUAUCUUUUUUGGCUUGAUUGGAUUGUCGAAUGCGAUUUAUCCAAGUUUACGCCUUAAAAAGAAUAUAUAUAUAUAUACCUUGAAGCUCCUUUUAGUUGGGGUAAAUUCUGCAA